GCGGCAGUGGCGGCGGCAGCGGGCGGGGCUCGGCUCGGGCUCCGCGGGCGGGCGGGCGGACAUGGCGGCCAACAUGUACCGGGUCGGAGAUUAUGUCUACUUUGAGAAUUCCUCUAGCAAUCCGUACCUCAUCAGAAGGAUAGAAGAACUCAACAAGACUGCAACUGGCAACGUGGAAGCAAAAGUAGUGUGCUUUUAUAGACGACGAGAUAUUUCCAACACGCUUAUAAUGCUUGCAGACAAGCAUGCUAAAGAAAUUGAGGAAGAAUCUGAAACAACAAUUGAGGCUGACUUGACCGAUAAACAGAAACAUCAGUUGAAACAUAGGGAGCUCUUUUUGUCACGCCAAUACGAAUCUCUGCCUGCAACACAUAUCAGGGGGAAAUGCAGUGUUGCCCUUCUGAAUGAGACAGAGUCUGUAUUGUCAUAUCUUGAUAAAGAGGAUACUUUUUUCUACUCAUUGGUCUAUGAUCCCUCAGUGAAAACACUGUUAGCUGACAAAGGUGAAAUCAGAGUGGGACCUAGAUAUCAAGCAGACAUUCCAGAAAUGCUCUUAGAAGGAGAAUCAGAUGAGAGGGAACAGUCAAAAUUGGAAGUGAAAGUUUGGGACCCAAAUAGCCCACUUACAGAUCGACAGAUUGACCAAUUUUUAGUUGUAGCACGUGCUGUCGGGACAUUUGCUCGAGCCCUUGAUUGCAGCAGUUCUGUAAGGCAGCCUAGUUUGCAUAUGAGUGCAGCUGCAGCUUCUCGAGACAUCACCCUGUUUCAUGCUAUGGAUACGUUGUAUAGGCACAGCUAUGAUUUGAGCAGUGCAAUUAGUGUCUUAGUACCACUUGGGGGACCUGUUUUAUGCAGAGAUGAAAUGGAAGAAUGGUCGGCCUCUGAAGCUAGUUUAUUUGAAGAGGCACUGGAAAAAUAUGGCAAAGACUUCAACGACAUACGUCAAGACUUUCUCCCUUGGAAAUCAUUGACUAGCAUCAUUGAAUAUUAUUACAUGUGGAAAACUACUGACAGAUAUGUGCAGCAGAAACGUCUAAAAGCAGCAGAAGCUGAGAGUAAGCUGAAACAAGUGUAUAUCCCAACUUACAGCAAACCAAAUCCCAACCAAAUAUCCACCAGCAAUGGCAAACCUGGUGCUGUGAAUGGAGCCGUGGGAACCGCAUUCCAGCCGCAGAACCCUCUCCUAGGGCGAGCCUGUGAGAGCUGCUAUGCUACACAGUCUCAUCAGUGGUAUUCUUGGGGCCCACCUAAUAUGCAGUGUAGGUUAUGUGCAACCUGCUGGCUCUAUUGGAAAAAAUAUGGAGGCCUGAAAAUGCCCACCCAGUCGGAAGAGGAGAAGUUACCUCCCAGCCCAGCUACAGAGGACCCUCGAGUUCGAAGUCACAUGUCUCGCCAGGCCAUGCAGGGGAUGCCGGUCCGAAACACUGGGAGCCCAAAGUCUGCAGUGAAGACCCGUCAAGCUUUCUUCCUUCACACUACAUAUUUCACAAAAUUUGCUCGUCAGGUCUGCAAAAAUACCCUCCGGCUGCGGCAGGCAGCAAGACGGCCGUUUGUUCCUAUUAAUUAUGCUGCCAUUAGGGCAGAAUAUGCAGACAGACAUGCGGACCUAUCUGGAAGUCCACUGAAAAGCAAAAGCACUAGGAAGCCUUUGGCAUGUAUCAUUGGGUAUUUAGAGAUCCAUCCUUCGAAGAAACCUAAUGUAAUUCGAUCUACACCAAGCCUACAAACCCCAACUACCAAGCGGAUGCUAACCACCCCGAAUCACACGUCUCUGAGCAUUCUGGGGAAAAGAAACUACAGUCAUCACAAUGGCCUGGAUGAAAGGCUCAUGAAGUGAAGGUGCAGCUCUGCUCUGUCCUGCAGACCUUCCUCAGGAUGGCGGGAGGCUGUGAAGGUGAGCGUCCCUGCGUUAACCCUGUGUCCUCUCCUGGUUGCAGAGCGUGUGAUGAGAGAGAGUAUCUGAGCCCUGCCUUGGCCCGAGCAGCUGAUCCCAUCUCAGCAGGCACCACCCACUUCCCUCCUAGCCACUUUCCGGAUAACCAAGCAAAAGUUUUCACAACCUACUGUGUAACACCAGAUGGUGACGUAGUUUGCCGGCACUUCUCUUUUUCAUUUACUUGUUUCUCUUGAGAGUGUCUGGAUGCCCAGCUCUGGGACAGGAGAGUGGAAGGUUUGGGGGCAAGUGGGGGGUGUGUGGGAACGACAGACACCGUGACACUGUGGGUGUUUGCGUUCACUCCCCUUCUGCAGAAAAAUAUGUCCCUAGCCUCCGAGGGGCCACAUCAUAUGAUUAAUUGUGGUUACCUCAGAUCAGGUUGUGCCUCCUGCAGGCCAGUUGCCUUCCCCAUUUCUCAGCAUCCAGUCAGAGAGGUCCUGUGAUGUUGCUCUGAUAUGCAUGUCAGCACUUGCCUGGUGUGUUGCAGCGCCUUGCCGGUAGCCACUUCACCUGCCCAUCCAAAUCCCAGCUUUUAAGGUACUUCAGUGUCAUUCACAUAUCUUCUUGGCCUCAAUUAAACUUGCCUUAUGUCCACCGCUAAACGACAUUGUGAGCUCUCAUUUGUCAGUGCCCGACCUCCUUUCCUUGAAGGUUGUGAUGAUGGUGGUUGGAGGCCCGAGCCACCCUUCCUCUCACCUUUGCCUCCGCCGCCGGAACCUGUUUAACUUCGACC